AUGAUUUCACCAUAUUCGACCUUUGUAGCACCGAAUCAUGAAUUUCUCUUGCCCGAGGAUAUCUGGUUGGAAUUGGUACCCAGCACACAAACGGAUUUAUGGCAUGUGAUCGAGGCAGAACAAAAUCCUCGCAUACGGCUACGGGUGGAUAUUAAUCGACAGCUGUCCGAUGUAAUCGGUCUUGUGGAAAAUAAAUGGCAACUUGCUGCCGAGCGACUGCAAACCUUGUUUGGACUGCCAAACGCUCGGGAUUAUCGACCACCAAGGCUUUUAGUUCGUAUUACUCCAGCUCAAACAAUUAAUGGUGCAAUUCGUCUCCAGGAGGUUGCCCGUAUCCGUUCAGGUGACAUGGCAUUGCGCGCCUAUCUAGAACGAAGACGAGCAUCUUUGCCGGAUAGUGCUGCGGUCAAUCCAUCCACAGGAACAACUCAGUCUAAUGCAUUGGGAAUUGCAACAGAUUCUAAUUCUGGAGAACCUACCCCGGGAUGGCAAAGCGACUUUUCCAAAACUGUCAAAGAUGGAUCCUCCGACGUACAAAUAGAGUCUGCCAAUCCUUUGACACCCACUGGUGUUAUUAGUUUUCUUCAAUCAAUAACCUCACCGGCGCCUAGUGGACCGUCAACAUCUACCGUUGCAACCAGUGCGUCAUCCUCAGCUACAGCCCCAGCGGAACUAGACUUACGUGAGACAGGGAAACAACUCUUACAUGGAGUGACUUUUGAGGUUUGUCUUCAGUGUUGCUUGUAUUCUCGCACAGUAUGCAGAGCGCCAUAA